CAAAACGUAAACAGCCCAUGUCACCUAACUCUUGUCGGAAUUUCCUACCAAAAAUACCACUUCAAUACCUUGUAACCAUAACUGCUCAAACGGUCAAAUUUAGAUUCCACAAAGUCAAGUGUUUAAAAUCCUUAAUCAAGAAUCUUGUCAAACUUCUAAUUCAAGCCAAAACCACCAACCAAGUAGUCCUAUUAUAUUUCACGUUAAUCUGGUACAAAAAAGACCCCUUCACCUAAUUUUCUUGGUGAUGCAUAUUUAUAUAAUGCAGCCCAAUUCCAUCAACCCUUCAAUUCAUUGUGUCAUACUUUCAUAAGAAACUUCUUUCUUUUCUUGGAUUGAUAAAAUAUUUUGGUUCUAUUGUUGGUCUUUCUUUUCUUGGAUUGGUAAAAUUUUUUUGUUAUAUUGUUGGUUUGAUGGUUUGAUGGCUGUCAAGAAUUUAAUUAACUUGGGGUGUUUGUUUCCUCAAGUGGGAUGUGCACAGUUUAGUGAAAAGCCCAGUGUAUAUGCUUGUUUAGGCUUGAAAUGUAGUGAAUUUAUUGGGUUUUCAGGAAAUCAUGCAAUAAGGUGUCUUGGAGAUCAGAAUUCUUCUUCCAAUUCAGCUUCUGAAUUGCCAAGUGUGGUUGAUAACAGAGAAAGCAGCUUGGCUAACAAAUUGCAGAAGGAUUUGAGCUCUUUACCAAGACCAUUAUCUGUCUCUGACUUUUCUACUUUUCCAAGUCAUGGUUCGAAGGUGCGGGUAUCUUUUAAGGGAGAGCCUGGUUCAUAUAGUGAAGAUGCAGCACUGAAAGCUUAUCCACAAUGCGAAACUGUUCCUUGUAAUGAGUUUGAAGAUGCUUUUAAGGCAGUUGAAUUAUGGAUCGCUGAUAGAGCAGUUCUCCCGAUUGAAAAUUCUUUAAGUGGAAGUAUUCAUCGAAACUAUGACUUGCUCCUUCGUCAUAGACUACAUAUUGUGGGUGAGGUUCAGUUGCCUGUAAAUUUUUGCCUUCUAGCACUACCAGGCAUCCCACUGGAGCGGUUAAAACGUGUCCUAAGCCAUCCGCAGGCACUUGCACAAAGCGAUAAUUUUCUCAGCAAGUUAGGCGUUGUCAGAGAAAAUUUUGAAGACACUGCUGGUGCUGCUCAGCUUGUAGUUUCAAAGAGAAUGUUUGAUGCUGGUGUCAUUGCAACUGCUCGAGCUGCAGAAAUCUAUGGACUCAAUAUAGUUGCCAAAGCAAUUCAGGAUGAACCAGAUAACUUUACACGCUUUAUUAUACUUGCAAGAGAUCCUAUAAUUCCAAGGACAGACAAGGCUUUUAAGACAAGUAUUGUAUUUACUUUAGAGGAAGGCCCAGGAGUAAUAUUCAAAGCCUUAGCAGUGUUUGCACUGAGGGAUAUUAACUUGACAAAGAUUGAAAGUCGCCCCCAAAGAAAGCAACCACUGAGAGUAGUUGAUGACUCCAAUAAUGGAACUGCCAAGUAUUUUGAUUAUCUGUUCUAUAUUGACUUUGAGGCAUCUAUGGCAGAAUCUCGUGCACAAAAUGCUUUAGGUCAUUUGCAGCAGGACUUUGCAACAUUUCUUCGUAUACUUGGAAGUUAUCCCAUAGACGCUGCUGCUUAGUUAGAUGCCAAAUGAAUAAUUUGUUCUGAUCCAGUGACCGGUGAAAGGCUGCGUUUUGUGCAUUUUGUUGUAAAGAUGAUGGCUUCUGAAAACUCGUUGGAUUUGCAUGCAUCAGCCAGGGGAGUAAUUUACAACAUUGGAGUCAAUGUUUGGAACAGCUGGAAUUUCUUUUGCAAGAAGGGAGUGGUGAAUUGCAGCAUAGAAAUUGUAGGCAUCCAAGUCCUUCUCUGUACUGGAAUGGCAACCGCCCCGUCCUUCCCUACAUCAUCAUCAGCUACAUACAAUUCAACAAGUUGUCUGCAGAUCUUUCUGUUAUUUUAUGGGAGGGAUUUAAUUUGGGUACAGUUGAGAUGCAUACCUGCAGCAUCUAGUUUUCCUCCACAGCUCUACCAAUCCCCUAUACCCAGCGGAGAUCUUUGCAUUCUUGAUUCAUUAGUUGAAGCUGGAAGAAAAUCAUGAAUUGCUCUUAGUCGUUUUGAGUGCUUUCUUUCUACUGCUACACUGAAAAGUACUCUCAGCCAAGGCCAUACUUUAAUAAUCACAUAUAAUCAAAAGCACUUUUGAUCUA